AUGACUGGGGUAUUUUUAACAUCUAUUGGCUAUGUAUUCCACAGCUCAAGCGAGGGACUCGGAGGGGUGGAGAAGAUCGUACUCAUCACCAUUAGCUCAGCAGUCAUCCUGAUGGCCAUUUUAGGCAAUCUGUUAGUGAUGGUUGCAGUAUGUCGGGAUAGACAGCUAAGGAAAAUCAAGACCAAUUACUUUAUUGUGUCGCUGGCUUUUGCUGAUUUGCUGGUGUCGGUACUGGUAAUGCCUUUUGGAGCGAUAGAGCUGGUACAGAACAAGUGGAUUUAUGGGGAGAUGUUCUGCUUGGUGCGCACGUCCCUUGAUGUUCUUUUGACAACCGCAUCUAUUCUCCAUCUCUGCUGCAUUUCACUGGACAGAUAUUAUGCUAUCUGCUGUCAGCCUCUGGUUUACAGGAAUAAGAUGACGCCUUUGCGCAUAGCUUUGAUGCUUGGAGGCUGUUGGAUCAUCCCAACUUUUAUAUCCUUCCUCCCAAUCAUGCAGGGAUGGAACAGCAUAGGAAUUCGAGAACUGGUAGAUAAGAGAAAAUAUAGCAAAGACUCAAAUUCAACGUACUGUAUAUUUAUGGUCAACAAGCCCUACGCCAUUACAUGUUCAGUGGUGGCUUUUUACAUUCCAUUCCUUUUGAUGGUGCUUGCAUACUAUCGUAUUUAUAUCACAGCAAGGGAACAUGCCAGGCAGAUUGGAGUCUUACAACGUGCUGGAGCUGACCAUCGUCAGCAGCAUCCUGACCAACACAGCACUCACAGGAUGAAGACAGAAACUAAAGCAGCCAAGACUCUUUGCAUCAUAAUGGGCUGCUUCUGCCUUUGUUGGGCCCCAUUUUUUAUCACAAAUGUGAUUGACCCUUUCAUAGACUACUCUGUGCCAGGACAGCUGUGGACAGCUUUUCUCUGGUUAGGCUAUAUUAAUUCGGGGUUGAACCCUUUCUUGUAUGCCUUCUUGAACAAGUCCUUCAGGCGUGCCUUCCUCAUCAUUUUGUGCUGUGGAGAUGAGAAGUAUAGAAGGCCUUCCAUCUUGGGACCAUCAAUUCCAUGUUCCACUACAACCAUUAAUGGAUCCACACAUGUAUUAAGGUACACAGUUCUAUAUAAUGGACAUAAUCAGGAAAGCGAGAAGCUUCCCAUCCACAAUGAUCCAGAGUCACAGGAAUCCUGUUUUUAG